CAAAUACAGAGCGUCCUCCAUCGCUACUUGCUUUCGCUUUGUACGGAAUUUUCCCACGUUCAACAAUCUUCUAGCAAUAUGGCUGCCUCACUUGAAUCCUCAGUCGCCUCUCUCCAAUCCUCCCUCCAACUAGUCGAUUCCUCAAUCUCAAUCCUAGACUCCGGCAUCAGCGACUUCCCUCGAAUGACAAAGGUCCUGCAAACAACACGACACUUCGAACUCCUCCCAGAACCCACAAUCCGAGACGCCCAACAAUCCCUCCUUGACGAAAUCACCCCAAGCAUCGCACACCUCCUCUCCCUCGCAACAAACCAUGUCGAAAAACUCUCUCGUCGCGAGGAAGGCUUGCGUGCAAAAUGCGAGUUGCAAGAGGGGCGGAUGAACUCCAGUGAGAGCCGACAGAACGCAUCUCGUCCAACCAAAAGCGCCGCUCGAGGCAGUGCGGGACAGGGUGCUUCUGCGGCGAAAGCGCUGGAGUUGAGACGGUUGGUUCAGAAGAAAGAGCGCCUUAAGUAUGCGGUCGAGCGUCUGGAGUUGCAGAGUACGCAGAGGGAGCGCCAGUUGCGGAAGAGUAUGGCCUUUCAGUGAUUGGGUCUUGAUUGGUUUGAAUCAAGCCGGCAUAUUUAUUCUCUGAUGUUGCUGCACUUGUCGGCGGCAUCGAUAUGUUGUCUAUUUUGAUGAUUUAAGGCUGUGUUCCGUUCUGGCAUAUUCAGCCGACCCCAAAUCCGCCGCGCCGCUACGAAGUAGCAACGCAGGCCUGUGUGCUGGGGGUUAUUUGUACUCCCGGAUCCCCUUCGCGAGCUGGUCUUCUUGAAAACCGCUACAAGUCGCAAGGCCCCUCACCCGCGCUUCCACUUGGAAGUAGGAGCCAAGGUAGGAACCUUUUUUCUUACAGAUGGGCGCGAACAUAUAUCGAGAGGCAUUCCAAAGUGGUAUUGAGAGAAGAGCCCAAUUAGAGGUAUAAUAAUAGCUAUGUUACAGUGGCUUUUGCGCCUAUUGUACAGUAUAUGAUACAAAUCCAUCCUUUUCAAGUCCGUAUAAUGCCAAUGACGCCUCCAAAAUGCAAAAUC